AUGGACCUCACGCUCAAGCUCAGUCCAAGCUUCUUCAUUUCCUUUCUGAUUCUUAUCUUUCUUCUCAAAAACCCUCAUUUCGUAUCAUCAUCUAAUCCUAAAUGCAUAUCCACCGAGCGAGAAGCUCUUCUCACCUUUAAACAAUCACUUACUGAUCUCUCUGGUCGACUCUCUUCUUGGUCCGGACCUGACUGCUGCAACUGGACCGGUGUUCUCUGCGACCCCCGGACCAGCCGAGUCAUCAAGAUUGGUCUCAGAAACCCGAAUCAAAUAGUUCGCUCCGACGAGUAUCAAAGAGGUAGCUUGGGGGGUAAGAUACAUCCAUCUUUGACCCGUCUCAAGUUCUUGAGCUACCUGGACCUGAGUUCAAACGAUUUCGGCGGAUUAGAGAUCCCCGAGUUUAUCGGCCAGAUCGUUAGACUACGGUACCUGAAUCUUUCUUCCUCAUCAUUUUCCGGUGAAAUUCCAGCGAAUCUUGGGAAUUUGUCGAAGCUAGAGUCUCUUGAUCUGUACGCCGAGUCGUUUAGUGACUCUGGUACGUUUGCUUUGCGCUCAAGCAACCUCCAGUGGCUUUCGGGUCUGUCUUCUUCUCUGACAUACCUCAACAUGGGGUAUGUGAAUCUGAGCGGUGCCGGUGAAACCUGGUUAGAGGAUUUCAGUAGAAUCUCGGAGCUGAAAGAGUUGCAUUUGUUCAACUGUGAGCUCAAGAACUUACCUCUCUCGUUGUCUUCGUCUACAAAUCUGAAGCUCCUUGAAGUUCUUGAUUUGUCUGAAAACUCUCUCAGUUCGCCGAUUCCCAACUGGCUAUUUGGUCUCACCAGCCUCAAAAAGCUAUUCCUCAGAUGGGAUUUUCUCCAGGGUUCAAUUCCUUCCGGGUUCAAGAACCUGAAGCUUCUAGAGACACUAGAUUUGUCUAAUAAUCUGGGACUCACGGGCGAGAUUCCAUCGGUUCUUGGAGAUCUUCCUCAACUGAAGUAUCUUGACCUCUCUGCAAACGAACUCAAUGGUCAAAUCAAUGGGUUUCUAGACGCCUUCUCCAGAAACAAAGGCAAUAGCUUGGUCUUUCUCGAUCUUAGUUCCAACAAGUUAGCCGGGACAUUGCCAGAGUCGCUUGGAGCGUUGAGGAAUCUGCAGAUUCUGGAUCUUUCUUCGAAUUCCUUCACGGGUUCGGUCCCUUCCUCGAUAGGAAACAUGGCGUCAUUGAAGAAACUUGAUCUUUCUUACAAUGCCAUGAACGGGAAAAUCGCAGAAGGCUUGGGGAAGCUUGAGGAGCUUGUGGAUCUGAACUUGAUGGCAAAUUCAUGGGAAGGUGUUAUGCUCAAGUCUCAUUUCGUGAAUCUUAGGAGCUUGGAAAGCAUCCGUCUCACAACCGAACAAAACAGAUCUCUUGUCUUAAAGUUGCCAUCUACUUGGAUUCCUCCUUUCAGACUGGAGUUGAUCCAAAUCGAGAACUGCCAGAUCGGUCCUUCGUUUCCAAUGUGGCUUCAAGUACAAACCAAACUCAACUUUGUCACACUCAGAAACACUGGAAUUGCAGAUAAGAUACCCGAUAGCUGGUUCUCGGGUAUCUCUUCUGAAGUAACUUACCUGAUUCUAGCAAACAACAGAAUCAAAGGUAGACUACCUCAAAAGCUUGUGUUCCCAAAGUUAAACACCAUUGAUCUGAGCUCCAACAACUUCGAAGGCCCUUUCCCUCUCUGGUCAACAAACGCAACAGAGCUACGUCUUUACGAGAACAACUUCUCGGGUCCUCUUCCACCUAACAUCGAUGUCUUGAUGCCAAGAAUGGAGAAGCUAUACCUCUUUCACAACAGCUUCACCGGAGAAAUCCCAUCGUCUCUAUGUGAACUCUCUCCACUCCAAAUUCUCUCUUUCAGAAACAACCGUUUCUCUGGUAGUUUCCCAAAAUGCUGGCAUCGUUCGUUCAUGCUUUGGGGAAUCGACGUGUCUGAGAACAACAUAUCAGGCGAAAUACCAUCGUCUCUCGGUGUGCUACGUUCUCUCAGUGUCUUGCUUCUGAACCAAAACACAUUAGAAGGUAAAAUCCCAGACACACUUCAGAAUUGCUCUGGCCUUACAAACAUUGAUCUUGGAGGAAACAAGCUGACUGGAAAACUUCCAUCAUGGCUAAAUAAGCUAUCUUCUCUGUUCAUGCUUCGUCUGCAAAGUAACUCCUUCACUGGUCAAAUCCCGGAUAACCUCUGCAACGUUCCAAAUCUACACAUUCUUGAUCUCUCAGGAAACAAAAUCUCCGGCCCGAUUCCAAAAUGCAUCGGCAAUCUCACAGCCAUUGCGCAUGAAACAAGCUUCGAGGUGUUCCAGAAUCUUGUCUUCAUCGUUACAAGAGCUAGGAAAUACCAAGAAAUACUCAAUAGCAUAAAUCUUUCAGGAAACAACAUAAACGGAGAAAUCCCAGCAGAAAUCUUGCGCCUUUCUUACCUUCGAAUCUUGAACUUAUCAAGAAACUCCAUCGCAGGAAGCAUUCCGGAGAAAAUUUCAGAACUGAGUCGCUUGGAGACGAUUGAUCUAUCAAGAAACAUGUUUUCUGGAACCAUUCCUCAGAGCUUGGCAGCAAUAUCUUCACUGCAAAGGCUGAAUCUUUCGUAUAAUAAACUGGAGGGGAGCAUACCAAAGCUUCUGAAGUUCGAAGAUCCGUCCAUUUAUAUAGGUAAUGAGUUACUCUGUGGGAAACCACUUCCUAAACAAUGUUCCAAAGGACAUUACUAG